AUGCGCAACGGCGGUGUCGUUGGGGAAGCAUCCCCUGUGGGGAACAACUCAGCCACGAUCGAACCCGACGAUAUUCCGCACACGAUCGCAGCCGUCGCAAUCACGCAAAAGAUGGCAGUUGAACCCAACGCGGCCGUGGAUCCUGCGCCCUUCAAGCACAGUCGAUGGCUGUCGUCGCCCAACCUGACCACGUUGCAUGCACAUCCUGCCUUGGACAGCCCCAUCGCGCUGGACACCCCAGCCACGGACGACGACGACACAAACGAUGCAGACAGUGUCUUUGACGAAUCUCCUUCGUCGACGACGGCGGAAAACAUCCGCGCCCUCGUCCGCAUCAAGCCGUUCGCACCCGGGUCGACGGACAGGACGUGCUUGUCCGUGGACGGCGCAUCCGUGUCCCUGACGCCGUCCGUCGUGUCCCGCGCCGUCGUCGACAAGAAAACGUUUUUGCUGGACGGCAUCUUGCCCGAAGGAGCUUCCCAGGACGACGUGUUUCAAGCCGUCGCGGUGCCGCUCGCGACUAAUGUCCUCGACGGGUACAACGGGACGAUCUUUGCGUAUGGACAAACGGGGUCCGGGAAAACGUACACGAUGCAGGGCGAUCUGUCAGGGGACCAGCACCGCGGCCUCAUUCCGCGCGUCAUGGACUACCUGUUUCAGCACUUGCAACGUCCAACGACAAUCUUCACGUGCACUUGUUCGUAUUUGGAGAUCUACAACGAACGGAUCUACGAUUUGCUCGACGAACGGAUGGCGACCGAGGCGAAGUUGCUGCGGGAAGAUGCAGUGUCGGGCAUUUUCGUGCAGGAUUUGCUUGAAGUCCAAGUCCACGCGCCGAACGAAGCGCUCGAACUCCUCAUGCGCGGGACGAACAACAGAACGGUUGGAUCCACCGCCAUGAAUCGGGAGAGCUCUCGGUCGCACUCGGUGUUUAUGAUAAAGCUUGUCCAAAAGUUAAAGGACAACGGUGGCGUCGACGUGGUGCGCAAGUCGACGUUGCAUUUGGUCGACUUGGCCGGAUCGGAAAAGCAAAGCGCGACGGGGACGACCGGCACGCGGCUCAAGGAGGCGAGCCAGAUCAACAAGUCGUUGUCUGCACUGAGCAACGUCAUCACGGGGCUCGUGGAUGUGUCGAAAGGACUGAAGCGGCACAUCCACUAUCGCGAUUCAAAGCUCACGUUCCUCCUUCGCGACGCCCUCGGCGGCAACUCCAAGACAACCGUGGUCGCCACCGUGUCGGCGCACGACAAGUGGUUCCAUGAAACCAUGUCGACGCUGCAGUUUGUCCAGCGCGUCAAAUGCAUCAAGAACAACGCGAAAAAGUACGAAGACGACAGCGUCGUGAUCGCCCGGCUCGAAAUGCAGGUCCGAGACCUGCAACGGCGCUUGGACGACUGCGCCGCGCGACCGCCGCCUCCCGACGACGUCCAAACACUGCAGCAAAAAGCGGACGAGUUGUCCGCCAUGAAAGUGAACAAUGAAAAGCUCGAGCUUGUCGUGACGCUACUGAACGGCAAGGUCACGUCGACGUUGGAAGAGCUCCAUGCGACGCAGCAAAAACUCAACGACGUUGAGGUAACGACGUCUCCAAUGGACGGUUGUCAUCGCUCGCUCGACCAAUCUAAGGAUGGCGUGUGUCGUAGUUGGCGUUGUCGCAGUCCAAGGCCGAAUGUGAAAGUCUACUCGUCAAGCAGACCCUCCUCGAGUGCAAAUUGAGCGGCCAAGCACGCAGUGGCGACGAGAUCGCCCCCAUGGAGACGGCGGCAGACAGUACAACCGAAGCUCAGACGAUAAAGUCACUUCAAGACAUUGUCGCCGAGCUGCAAUCACAGCUGCUUGCGGCCGAGAACGCGCGCAACUUGGCGGAGAAGCGGCUGGAUGACGCAACGAAGCAGAAGAAGUCGUUCUCGCUCUUCAAAGGUCUGCUACGACGGAUGCAUUCUGGGUCUGGGCGCAAGUGGUGGCAGCGGUGGAAGACCAAGGCGAACGUAGCGUCUACUGGUUGAUAAGCCCAUCCAUUUAUAUAGAGCCACUGGGACGACCGUUUCGC